CUGGAAUGGACCGAGGGCUUGGAUGAUUGGCUGAUGAAAGAUGCAGCAUACAGCCAAAUGGUAUGCGGCGCCUGGAGCUUUGCUCCGCAUUGCAAAACCACCUAGCAUGAAAUUGUCGUCAGGAGGUAUUUUCGGAGGCAACAUGAUGCGGAAGAAAGACAAGCACUGCAGAACAAUCAACAGACUAUCUAUACAUACCCGAUAGGUGACUAAAGCGGGAUAGUCGCAUAUUAAUUAUCCAACAACUGCUGAUAAAUUAUAAAAUAGCAUUUGUGUCGGGUUUUGGUCCGGGCGUUAUUACUUGAAUCCUCCAUGUGAACUUGAGUGCUAGCUAUGAGUGCCGCUCGGACGGAUGAACACUGUACACAUGCCAGUAAAACCGAAAAGUUAUAAUUAACUCACCAGUACCCCGAACGUACGCAGUUCUUUGGUGUUCGGAAAACAUCAGUGGCAAAAUCAUAAACUUUGAACAUGAUUCCGGCAUGAUGGAAUCAGAGCACAAAAUUACAUCGACAGGCACAGGACCUCAGAAACUUGAUGAAAAAAAGAGAACCGGUCACGGCAAGCCUGGGGUUUCAGGUCCAUGGCACGUCAUGGCUGCCUACUUAACGGAGAACUCUCCAGAGUUAAGACAGCUGAAUGCCCUCCGCAAAAGGGGAUGGGAAAACCCUGAAAGUGACCAGUUUUUCCAGCGACAACGCAAAAAUGCCGACCAUUCAAGUGCCAAAAACGCCAAAUUCUUCUACGGCCUGAUGCAAAAGAUUGGUGAUGAGCUACAAAAAGCUGUAUUUGCGUUUACGAUGGCAUCUAGCGACGAUUAUGAGCCGUGGAUCCUGGAUACGUGCAUGGCUCCUGGAGGGUUUCUCAAGAUGGCCCUGAAGCACAACUCGAAAGCUAAGGCCGUUGCUCUUAGUCUACCCGAGAAAGACGGAGGCCACAAGUGCUUGCUACCGAACAACAGUAGUGUGGAGAAGCACUUCGUGGACAUCACAAUGCUCGCUGCGGACAUCCGGAUCGCGACCAUCCCACCUGAUCAUCCGGAAGUCAACAAGUUUCUGCCCCGGCUUCUCCCGACUGAAAAGAUCUUCGACCUUAUGCUGUGCGAUGGCCAAGUUCUGCGGAACCAUGAACUGGCACCGUACAGAGAGAAGUCUGAGGCCCGGCGCUUGACGGCCUCGCAGCUCGUCUUGGGCCUCGAGCGGCUCAGGCCAGGCGGCACAAUUAUCUUCCUAAUGCACAAGGUUGAGGCGUGGAAUUCGAUCCAAACGCUCUAUGCCUUUUCUCAAUUUGCCAAAGUUAUACUCUAUAAGCCUACAAUCGGGCACGCAAAGCGGUCAUCGUUUUACCUCAUUGCCAAAAACGUACAGAGUGAAUCCCAAGAGGCUCUGUCAGCUAUUGAGUGGUGGAGGCAAAUAUGGCGUGCGGCAACCUUCCCGGCGCGAGAUGGGAGCGAGGAACAGGUGUGGCAAGAGGAUCGCUGGACGGCCGAGGAAAUCAUUGAGAGCUUCGGCCCAGAGCUGCUGAAGAUUGCGGCACCGAUCUGGAAGGAACAGGCCAAAGCUCUUGCCAAUACGUCAUUCAUCAAAGGCAGCACCGGCUGACAGCAAAAGGCAGAAAUCGAAGGGGUAGUUUCGUGCCGCUGGUGAAUGGAGCCAUAACACAAGUCAAGUAGUUUCAUAUAAUUAAUAACGUUAAACCAAGGCUCUGCAGAAAGUGGGCAAAACGAAGACCCCCAAAAACAAGGACUUAAUUAGUUACUGGCAGCUACAACGACGCUGCUAAAGCAAAUCGCGAAAGGCCGGGAUGGGAAGGGCCAGGAAUAGAGGGAAGCGGCCUUUGUUGGCUUGACCCCAGCAGAGUCAUUUUCAAGCCAAGGAAUGUGGUACCAGUGGCGGAGCUGGUGUGAGUUACUUUCGACCACACCCAAGUUUUCCUCCCAACACUCAAAUUCAGACUCGCACCUCCCCGAAAUAUCCUUAUGGGCCACUCCUAGUUGAUGCAUUGCCUACAAAGACCGCAUCGCCUUCCCUACAUACAACCAAGCCAUUCUGAGUCACUUAUUCCAGCCAAAAGAGCGUCCAUCACGACGCAGGAGGCCCUGCAACCCCGCGGCACGCUAUCUGUGGGGCCUGGAUGGAUGGCAGACCCAAUUCCGCAUCAAAAAAAUGCCGUGAUGUCAAAUCAUUAGCUCAAUCAAGGGGCUACGUAGGCCUGCGUUUUCUCAGCUAUGCAGGAGGCCCUCCAUAUCCGCGGCUUGGAGCAAGAGCGCAAUCCGAUUUGAGGGCCUGGUGCGACAAACUGCGGGGUUCGGCGUCGCAUUGUGACAGUGGGGGUCUUAGGUUUGGACAACGUCCAAGACACCGUAGUGCAACGAAGGUGCUCAAACUGUUGUGUAGACGAUUGUAGAAUUGAGUGACUAGUAGACAGAUGUAGAACAAUUAAAGGAAGAGAAGAAACACCAAUAGAAUGAAGAAGAUAAGGAAGAAGAUUAAGUAAACAAAGAAGAUAAGCAAACAGUGUGAAAACAAACAGGAGACAAAUCUAAUAAAGUGUAGAAGAUAAGCAGAUUGUAUUGCGCCAACUUCUGGGCCACAGUGUGGUCCAUUGUGCGAACGAAGUGAGUGUACGGAGUACAUCUACGGAGUAG